AUGCUCGCCUGCAGGUGGGCACCAGCUUCCCAGGUGGGCCUCCCUUGCUCCUCGUCUCUCCGCAAUUGGAUUGCCGAUCUCGAGGCCCUCCCCCGCUCCCUCUCCUACCUGGGUCUCAGUUACCCCAGUGACCUGACCCGGUCCCUGUCUGCCUCUGCUCCUUUCCCCCUGCCAUGCCAGGCAUAUGUCGGGCAUAUGUCGGGCCUACGUGGGGUGGGACCCGCCCUCCCGUCUCAUCAUAGUCGCAUUCAGGCACCUGCACCUCGUCUCCGCAACUGGAUCGCCGAUCUCGAGGCCCUUCCCCGUUCCCUCUCAGUUACCCCGGGCACCUGCACCUCCUCCCUCCGCAACUGGAUCGCUGAUCUCGAGGCCCUCCCGCGCUCCCUCUCAGUUACCCCGUUUCGGACCCUCUCGUUUCCCUUCUUUCCUGCCAACAGGCAUAUUCCCCGCGCCCGCGUGCACCGCGGCUUCUACUCCGCUUACCACUUCACGCGCCUGCGCCCGGCGGUGGUUGGGGUGGUGCUGUUCCUCACGACGAUCCUUCCGAGUUCCUAUCGUGUGGCCUUCACGGGACACUCCCUGGGAGGCGCCCUCGCUACUCUCAGUGCUCUCGACCUGCAGGUGGGUGGCUGGGGUUUCCCUGGUAGAGAACGGUGGGUGGCUGGGGUCUCCCUGGUAGAGAACGGUGAGGUCUCCUACGACCUCCCAUCACCCGACAUUCGAGUCGUCACCUUUGGCUCGCCUCGAGUUUCUUACGACCUCCCAUCUCCCGCCAUUCGAGUCGUCACCUUUGGCUCGCCUCGAGUGGGCAACGCUGCAUUUGCCGCAUAUUUCCGUCAGAAGGUUCCUGGAAGCACCCGCGUGACCAACUGGAAGGACCUUGUGCCGCACUUGCCGCCCGCAACGAUCGGUUACCACCAUGUGGCCACUGAAGACCCCAAGACGGAGAACAACCCGUACCUUGGCUUCGUCUACACGUCCUUCCAGGAGCGGGCGACCUUCAUUUCCCACGGCAACACGGCGCGCCACGCCAAGGAGUUUGGAGAUGACCGGCUGGCCGUGAUAUGUGGCAUGAUAGCCGCGGAUGAGAAGAGGCACGAGAAGGCGUACUGUGCGAUCGUGUCACGGUUGUAUGAGCUCGAUCCGUCCGGGGCGAUGCUGGCGUUUGAAGACAUGAUGAGGAAACAGGUGCACUUCAAAAGUCAUGCCAAAUCAACAUAUGCUUCCUUGUCCCUUCUCUCCCAUAAGCUCCCAUUUCCCUUCUUUCCCUUAUGCGUUUCCCUGCUCUCCCAUAUGCUCCCAUAUCCCUUCUUUCCCAUAUGCUCCGGUUUCCCUUCUCUCCCAUAUGCUCCCAUUUCCCUUCGCUCCCAUAUGUGCCCAUUCCCCUUCUCUCCCGUAUGUGCCAUUUCCCUCCUUUCCCAUAUGCUCCCAUUUUCCUUCUCUCCCAUAUGCUCCCACUUCCCUUACCUCCCAUGUGCGCCUAAUUCCCUUCUCUCCCGUAUGUGCCCAUUUCCCUUCCCUCCCGUAUGCUCCCAUUUCCCUUCUCUCACAUCUGCUGCCACUUCCCUUCUCUCCCAUCUGCUCCGAUUACCCUUCUUUCCCUUGUGCAUCGACUACCACUACAUUUUCUUCAUGCAAGCUCACAUUAACUCGUUGACUUCUCACCUCAUGUACGAUGGGGAGAACCCAGAACUUUUCGACGAUUUCUCCGCUGUAGCACAGCGCACGGGGGUGUACACUGCCGGAGACUACGCUGAUAUAAUGGAGCACCUUAUAGCGGUGUGGGAUGUAGAGAAGAUGGAGGGACUGUCUCCGGAAGCGGCACGUGCGCAGGAGUUCGUCUGCAAGCUGCCGCCCAGGAUCAGGAGGUUGGCGGAGCGGGCGGCGGAUAAGGUGAAGAAGGGCGGCCCACAGACUGGCAAGUUCAGCUGGGUUUUCAACAGGGAGGUGAAGCUUGUGUAA